AAUUGUGGCACCACAUCUGUCGGUCUGCAGUUCCUGGAACGGCCGAAACAUCCGCACCUUUGAUGGAUUGCUAUACAGAUUGUCGCUUAACUGUGCCCACACCCUGGUCAAUGACAGGAUAUUUGGAGCAUUCCAUGUGUCUGUGAGGAGUCACUCGCCCGAGUCGCCCCUAAUUCUGCAGAUCCAAUGGCAGUCCGUGCAGUAUACCCUGGAAAAUCUGAAUGGCAGCGUCACUCUAUCCACACCCGAGAAGCGUCUUUCGCUGCCCGCUCAGGUACUUGGUAUGAAGGUUGUGCCCUAUGCCCAGCAGAUCGAGGUUGAGCUAGAAUCUGUGGGACUCCAGCUGGUAUGGGAUCAUCACCAGCUUCUCUCCGUUCGCGCCAGCGUUGCCCUGUGGCAGAAGGUGGGCGGCCUGUGUGGUCAUCUUGAUGGAAAUAGUGAAAACGACCAGAUGACACGCUCGGGGACUGUUUCACAGACAUGUCGCACCUUCACCGAUAGCUGGCGGAGUGGUGAUCAGGCCUGUGUGCCCGACACGGAUGAACCCUGGCUCAGUGCUAUGGUGGGCGUCACAAGGAUGCCGUGGAACAAUGCCGAAAGCUGUUGCACAAUGUCCAGUUAAAGUCCUGCUUGGAGCACUUCAACCAGGAGACCCUCGUACGAGCCUGCAUUAAGGAUCACUGUGGCUGCUCGGGAGGACAGAGUCAAUCCUGUACCUGCAACUUCCUGCAGUCGCUAGUGGAGGAAUGUCGCGCCAAGGGCACCGGACCCACUUUCAAGGAAUGGCGCAAUCUCCAGCUAUGUCCGAUCAGUUGCUCCGGUGGUCGCAUUUACCAGAACUGUGGUCCUCAGUCCCAGCCCAGCUGUGAAACCAAUGGUGUAAUGGAUCCCAACCUGUGCUUUGAGGGCUGUUUCUGUCCGAGUGGGACGCUGCAGUACAAGGAUACCUGCAUUAGUCAGAAGAUGUGUCCAUGUGAGCUACGUGGCCGCGAAUUCCAGCCAGGUGAAACGCACCAGAGGGAAUGCAACACAUGCACCUGCCAGGCCGGAAAAUGGGAGUGCUCGCAGGAGAAGUGCAGCAAGCGAUGCACGGCAUUUGGUGAUCCCCACUAUCGGACCUUCGAUGGAAGAACCUAUGACUUCCAAGGCCGCUGUACCUAUUAUCUACUGAAGACAUCCACGCUCUCCGUGGAGGGAGAGAAUAUCAAGUGCUCGGUAGAGAAUGAUCCCUUGUACACCGGCGGAGGAGCAUCGUGUACUCGGUCAGUCACCAUACGAUUCUCACUGAAGGACGGCGGUCCUACGGUCAUAAAACUGUCACAGAAACUGCAGACCUCGGUGAAUGGCGAGGUGGUAGCCCAACUACCCCUGGAACUAGGCAAUGGCGAGGCAGUGCUGCGAUUGGCUAGCCACAACUUCAUUACAAUGACUUUUCGCGAUGGCUUGGUGGUGUGGUGGAAUGGUGACUCUACCGUACACAUCGAUGCUCCCUAUAGCUACUACGAUAACACGGCUGGACUUUGUGGUACCUUCAAUGACAACACCAAAGACGACUUCCUCACGUCGGACGGAGAUUACGAGCACACACCCGAUGCAUUUGGAAACAAAUGGCGCACCAAGGAGCUCUGUGACGAUCCGGAUCUUCCAGUGCCGCUAACUCCCUGCUCCAACAAUCCUGCCCAGCGGGCAAGGGCCGAAGAACUCUGUUCCGUCCUUCGCUCGGAUACCUUCAAAACCUGCCAUUGGGCCGUUGAUCCUGCCAGUCACUACGAUAACUGCAUCGUCGAUGUGUGUGGUGCCAGAGAUACGAGACCCGCCAGCACGAACAAGACUUUCUGCGAAGUCCUCGCCGACUAUGCCAAUUUGUGCGUGCGCAAUGGUAUCCGGACCAGCUGGCGUCAGGUUAUCAACCAGUGCUCAAUCCAGUGCCCGGAAGGCCAGGAUUAUGACGAAUGUGGCGAUUCUUGUGCCCUAAGCUGCUUCGACCUGCAGAACCGGGAUCAGUGCCGGAGGCAGUGCGUCGAGGGAUGUCGCUGUCCGAAGGGUCAGUUCCUGAACGAGCAGCAGCAGUGUGUGCCUCAAAAGGCCUGCUCCUGCUUCUACGAAGGCCUGAGCUUCAAACCUGGCUACAAGGAGGUGCGACCAGGUGCGAAGUUCCAGCAGUUGUGCACUUGUGUGGAUGGUCUGUGGCAGUGUAGGGAUGCGGAUAAAGACGACGCUAUCCUGUUCCCGCCAUUGGGUCGUCUUCGCAAGAAGUGCGCCCAUAGUCCCUAUGCCAAAUUCGUCAGCUGUGCCCCCAAGGAGCCGAAGACCUGUAAGAAUAUGCAUGAUCAUAAGCAGGAUACCACGGCCUGCCUUCCUGGAUGUGUAUGCGAUGAUGGUUACGUUUACGACGUGACCCGUCAGCAGUGUGUGGCGCCGGAGAAGUGUUCCUGUUACCAUGCCGGACGCAGCUUUGACGAUGGUGACACUUUCCAGGAACUAUGCAACCAGUGCGUCUGCCAAGGUGGAUCCUGGAAGUGCACACGAAAUGAGUGCGAGGCCACCUGCAGUGUGUGGGGUGACUCCCACUUUAGCACCUUCGAUGGCCGGGACUUUGACUUCCUCGGCGAAUGCGACUAUAUCCUGUCCAAGGGCGUUAAUGCCGAGGGCAGUGGCUUCUCCAUAGUCAUCCAAAAUGUACUUUGUGGUACCUCGGGUGUUACCUGCUCCAAGUCUUUAGAAGUUUCGCUAAGCAGCAAGGCUGGACCGGAGCACCUCAAGCUGACCGCUGGUGGACUCUAUGGAACGGAUAAUUCAAGCUCAAUUAUAACACGUCUUCGCAACCAAAUCAGCUCGCAUGCCUCCAGUUCCUUCCACGUCUACAAAGCUGGCGUCUUUGUGGUCGUCGAGGUGGUGGCCCUGCGUCUCCAGAUCAAGUGGGACGAGGGCACCCGGGUCUAUGUGAAGCUGGGCAACGAGUGGCGCGGUCACCUGGCCGGUCUCUGUGGCAACAACAAUGGCAACAGCUUGGACGACUUCAAGUCGCCAUCCGGAGGCCAGGAGGCAGAGCCCACGCUCUUCGGCCACUCGUGGCGCACCCACCCGCAGUGCGAGCUUCCGCAACAGCCCUUUGAUUCCUGCCAGCGCAAUGCCCAACGUCGUUCCUGGUCGGAGAACCAAUGCAGUGUCCUCAAGUCACCCGUCUUUGCAGCCUGCCAUGUCCAGGUGCCACUGGAGCGUUAUCUGAAGAGUUGCGUUUUUGACACCUGUGCCUGCGACCAAGGCGGAGACUGCCAGUGCCUUUGCACAGCGGUGGCCGCUUACGCGGAUGCCUGUGCUCAGCGAGGUAUCAGCAUCCGCUGGCGCACGCCCCAUUUCUGUCCGAUGCAGUGCGACGCCCAUUGCUCCGACUACAGCGCCUGCACUCCCGCAUGUCCCACGGAGACAUGCGACAAUCUGCUGGACCAAGGUGAUGCCGCCCGGCUAUGUCACCACGAGAACUGCGUGGAGGGCUGCCAGGUAAAGCCAUGUCCUAUCAACCACAUAUAUUUGAAUGACAGCUACACCACCUGUGUGCCUCGCUCGGAGUGCAAACCCGUGUGCCUGGUUCGUGGCAACAUUCCCUAUUACGAGGGCGAUGUGACCUACACAGAUGAAUGUGCCACCUGUCGCUGCUCCAAGAAGAAGGAGGUAUGCAGUGGCCAGCCUUGUCCACCAACCUCCACUACCACCACCACCACGGAAUGGCCCAUUAUUGAAACAACACCCAAGGAUCCUCAAGAUCGGACAGGCAAGAGUUGCGUGCGUGGAUGGACACGUUGGUUGGAUCGCGGCUCCAGUGUGGGUGGCAUCAAUCUGAACGAUGUGGAACCGCUGCCACACUUUGAUAACUUCGAGCGUAUCUACGGAACCUGCGAUCCGAGUUAUCAGAGGGACAUCGAGUGCAGGGUGAAGGACACAAAGCAGUCAUACGAACUUGUUGACGACAAUGUGUCCUGCGAUCUUAAGCAGGGUCUGGUGUGCAUUGGAAAGUGUCAUGACUAUGAGAUACGAGUGUAUUGCGACUGUGAUGAUGAUGGCUAUACCACAGCCCGCCCACCGCCACCGCCGAGUGCCAACGAGACGUGUGAUCCAUCGGUGGAUAUUUUCAAGGAGUAUCCCGGAGACUGUUUUAAAUACCUACGCUGUGAGCAUAUUCCAGGCAACAGCAACUGGCAGUGGGUGCCUGGCACCUGUGGCGUCCACCUGAUGUUUAAUCCCUCGAUUGGAGCCUGCGACCAAAUCUCGAUUGUAACCCGUCUGCGACCGCAAUGCGGCAAGGACAAAGAUCGUUGUCGAGACAAUGAGGAGUGGAAUGAUUGUGCCAACCAGUGCGAGCAUACCUGUCACUUCUACGGACAGCAGCUCAUCCGACGCGGUCUUUGCAAUCCCGGCCAACACUGCAAGGGCGGAUGUGUACCCAAGAAGCGUCCCGACUGCCGGGCUUUGGGCAAGUUCUGGCGCGACGAGCAUACCUGCGUGGAUCAAGAUGACUGUCCGUGUUUGGACCAUCGCGAUGACAAGUAUGUGCAGCCGCACAGGAUCAUCACAACGGACUUUGAGGACUGCCAGUGUGUGUUCAACCAGUUCGUUUGUGUGCCCAAGAAGACCACCACGGUGAAGCCUCCCAUCGGAGAUCACACAUCGACCACACCCUUGCCCAUUAUACCUACCACGCUGACUCCCCCAGUUUUGUGUCCAACGAAGAGCAUGGUGCGUCUGUUCACAAGUGAGCAUUUCGUGCCGGACACUGCCUUCUCAGGCUCUAGCAUCCUGGACCAGCACUAUGCUGCACAUCUGUCCCGCUUGCACCGAAAACCCAAGCUCAAUAUCGGAGCUUGGACGCCAAGGAUUAGCGAUCAAACGCAGUACCUUCAAGUGAACUUAGAAAAGCCGCUGGCUCUUUAUGGCAUGCUCAUUGCCGGUGAUCCUCAUCUGGACAACUAUGUGACCCUCAUGAAGCUGGUCUACAGCCUGGACGGUGAGGGCUAUCACGAGCUCAUCGGUAAGGAUGGAGAACCCCAGGUGUUGGUGGGACCCAGUGACUCCCGACUGCCGCGAGCUCAUGUUUUUCAGCGACCGAUCGAGGCCAAGUCCAUUCGCCUGUAUCCCCUGAGGUGGCACACGGCCAUAGCUAUACGCUUUGAUCUGCUACUGUGCAACCAUGAGCCCACCACCGUGCCACCUGUGAUUGAUAAAACCACUACACCGCUGCCUCCCACGAAGCCACCCAUCGAGGAUUUGAUCUGUAAGGACCCCCUUGGAGUGGACAGUGGAACACUGGGAUACCAUCAGGUGUCGGCUAGCAGCAUCUGGCUAUCGUCACACCUGGACCACGAGGAGGGACUCCUGGACUUGCUACGCUUCCGCUCCAAGCUGGGCUGGCGGCCGCUGGCCAACAAGCAGGACGAGUUUAUCGACUUUGACUUCCUUGAGCCGCGCAAUGUAACUGGCAUUCAGACACGGGGCGGUGCUCACGGCUGGGUCAGUUCAUAUCGCGUGCUUUUCUCCUCCAACAAGCUCGUGUGGAAUGAGCUGCCGGGUCAGCAGGGCGAUGGUAAUAUCUUUGAGGGCAAUCGGGAUGCCAAUGGCCUGCACACAAACGGCUUCCAGCGACCACUGGUCACGAGAUAUCUACGUCUGGUUCCGACCCAAUGGGAUCAAAAUAUAAACUGGCGGAUCGAGCCCAUUGGAUGCUUUGAGCCCUAUCCCAACAUAACCAAGCCUCCUCAGAUUCGAGUAUGCAAUUUGUGCAAGGGCAUUGAUCUGCCUAGCCUGGUUCCAAGUUGUCCCUGUAGUGACGGUCUCUUCUGGACUGGAUCCAAGUGUGUGGAGCGCAAUCUCUGUCCAUGCAUCGAUGUAUAUACCACCUAUCCCAUUGGAUCUAAGUUUGAGAACAGUGACUGCGAGGAGUGCGUGUGCCUGUUGGGUGGCGUAAUCAAUUGCAAGACCACAAACUGUCCCAAGUGCCCGCUGCAUAUGAGAAGCGUAAGGAAAGGUUGUCGCUGCGAGUGCCAGUUGUGUCCACCAACCACACGACUCUGUCCCACCAGCGGUGAUUGCAUACCCACCGACUGGUGGUGCAAUGGCGUGCAGAACUGUGCCGACGACGAGGACGAUACUUGCGAUCCCACGCGAACCACAGUUUCACCUCCCACCACUAAGAAACCAGACGUGUGUCCGCCUAUCGAAUGUCCUCCUGGCUACACUGUCAAGAUCAGGGGAAAACUGCCCGUAACCUUGUCGCAAAUGCUUUUGAUCUCAGCAGAUCCCAACAGCGAUGGUUCUGUAGAGCCUCUAAAAGAUUGGCUGGAGCCGCUGAAGUCCUCAGAUAAGCCAGAAAUAUCUUUCGGUGUCGCCAAGGUCCUGGGCAGAUUCGCCGUCAAGUUUGGUAAGAAAUUCUUCAAGGGAGUCGCAAAAUUGGCCUCCAAACUGGGCAGCAAGAUCAAGGAAGCACUGAUCGACAAGCUAGGGGAUGCAGUGGCAGAAAAAAUCAUGGAUCUGGCUACUCCCAAAAAGGAUAAGGAGGAAUCUUUGACCCUGGAUCGCCUCGAGUUAAACGAGUUGCCAUUGAUGCAAUCGAAGCCACAGCUGGAGUUUACUUUCAUAGACCCUGGCGAAGUCGACGAAAUGUUAGAUCUUUUGGGUGUGGAUGCUAGUGAAAUUCCCGAUUUCUCGGGGGACUGGAAUGAGAUCUUUGGCGAUGACGAAGAGGACUAUGUUGAUCCCGGUCAAGAUGAAAUCGAUGACCUUCUAGACUUCAUGGGUAUUGUGUCCCAAGAGAGUCUCGUGAUCUCUAGAGGCGGAGUGGACGACAGACUGGACACCGAAACGCAGUUGGUACUGAAUGGCGCUACUGGGCCGGACGGUGUGAGUCCUUAUGGAAUCAACUUUGAACUGCCCAAAGAACUACGUGACCGGUACAAGUGGAGAACGGCGAUUCCGAACAAGAACCUUAACGAUAUCGAGUUUUGUGACUCGUUUUGCUGCAUUCCCCUAAGGAAUGAGACAUGUGAGGAGCCUCAGUGCCCCCCAGGCUUUGAGCCUGUGGUGGACAACACAAGCACCGGAGGUGGCAAGUGUCCCACAUUUACCUGCCGACGCCCAAGGAUCCCUGACGACAGCUGCGACAUUACCGGUAGAAUUUUCCACACCUUCGAUGGCACGGUGUACAAGUAUGACAUCUGUAGCCACACCUUGGCCAGAGAUGCACUGGGAGAUAGUUGGAGCAUUAGCACCCAGCUUCAGUGCGCUGCCGAUCAGCCGAGCUGUGGCGCCAAGACACUUAUCAUCAACGACGAUGAACGUGGAGUCUCCAUUACCAUCCUGCCUAAUCAGCGCGUCAUCUACAAUAACUUUGAGUUCAGUGUCCACGAUCUAGCCCUGGUCGGUGCUGUGCGGAGAUCGUUUGUGAUCAGUCAGAUCGGCCAGACCGUGGUGGUGGUGUGCCGCCAUCACAAGUUCUGGGUGCAGUAUGCCGCUAGUGGAAACAUCCGCAUAGGAGUCUCCCAGACCCUUCAAGGGAAGGUAGACGGACUAUGUGGUUUCUACAAUGGUCGGCAGGAUGACGAUAAGCGAACGCGAACAGGUCUACAUGUGAUUGGUACAACGGACUUUGGGGUCUCUUGGUACGACCGGAAGCUACCAUUAGACAAGUGUCGUCCACAGGUGUGUCCCCUGGAUCUGCAACAGCGGGCACUCCAAAUGUGUCAGGCUGUUAGACAUCCCUCUUUCGGAACCUGUGAUCUCUCCGUUAACAUCGAGGACUUCCUGGGCAAGUGCGUGGAAACAACUUGCGAGUGUCUUAAGGCCAAUGGCGGUGCAGAAGGCAGCUGUCGUUGUGAUCUUAUUCAACAGUUUGUGGGCCAGUGCUUGGCCGUGGAUCGCAAUGUGCUGCUGACAAGUUGGAGGAGCAUUCAUCGCUGCGAGCCGACCUGUCGUCCACCAUUGGUGCACCACGACUGCUUCCGCCAGCGUUGCGAGCCGCAGUGCGCCUUGUCGAGCUAUUCGGGGGCUGUGUGCCCCACCAUUCCGAACACCUGUUUCUCUGGCUGCUACUGUCCCGAGGGAACGGUUCGACGGGGCGAAGAAUGCGUCCCACUGGACGAUUGCAAGGACUGCAAGUGCAACCUGUUCGGUCUGAACAAGUUCGUCAGUUAUGACGGUAGCAGCUUCAGUUUCAAGGGCAACUGCACAUACUUGGUGACCAGAGAUCUCCUUAUUCCCGGCAGCUACAACUUCCAGGUUUACGCAACCAUCCAACCCUGUGGCCUGAUCAAGGAAGAGAGCUGCGUAAGUGCUCUCCAUAUUACCGCCGGAGAGCAUACACUGCACAUCGAACGACACGAGAAUGAGGUGCAGCUUCUAGCCGAUGGCUACCAGGUUUCGCCCUGGCCACAUCGGUCGUCCUGGCUGAUGGUCAAACAGCCACGUGAAGAGGAGCUCCUGGUACAACUGCCUUUGAUUAAGCUGGAGUUGGUGGUGGAUCUCAGCUCACUGCAGUUCCAGCUUUCGGUGCCCUCGGUUCGCUAUGGAAGUCGCAUGGAGGGAUUGUGCGGCAACUGCAAUGGGCUCAGCAUAGACGACCUGCAGGUCAACCCGGCCAAGCCCAAGCCCACAGAGCCGGGUCCUUUUAAGCUGAUCGACUUUGUCACCAGCUGGCAGGUGAGCGAGCCACGUCUUGGCAUUGAUACGCGUUCUUGUGGGGAUCAGCAGGUAUGCAAACCGUUGCCCAGGGAAAGAAACGUGUGCUACCAGCUUAUUGUACAGUCCGGCAUCUUCGGGCGAUGUCCGCUGCUGGUCGAUCCGUUGGCCUACAUCCUCGCCUGCCAAAAGGAUACAUGCACUGCCAGCGACGAUAAGAAGGUGAUAUGUGAUGCCCUCACCGCUUACGCUGCUGCCUGUAAUCAGAUUGGAGUGUGCUCCGACUGGCGGCCCUUCACACAGUGUCCGGCACAGUGUCUACCCGGAAUGACAUACAGACCUUGCGACUGCGACGUUACCUGUGAGACAGGCGUGGAUCGGGUGGACAGCAGCAACAUGGAGAUAAUCUUCAAGGGACGCUGCCUCCACACUGCCCGUCAUGAAGGCUGCUUCUGUCCACCGGACAGGGUGCUCCACCACGGCAGAUGCGUCUUACCUAAUGAGUGUGUGACUUGCGGCAAUGGACGACAUGUGGGCGAUGUGUGGCAACCGGACAAGUGCUCACGGUGCGAAUGCUUGUCCACUGGCCAGGUAAGCUGCGAGAAGGAGCAGUGCGGCCGGGACACGGAUCUUAUCUGCCAGAGCGGCUACAAGUUGGUUGUCAUCCAGCGUGACUUUGAGUGCUGUCCCCAACGGAUUUGCGUGGCAGACAUUGAGAGGCCCGGAAAAAUCUGCGAGACACCCAAGUUACCUGACUGUGGACUCCAUCAGAACAGGAUCGUAGACGAGGAUGUCAAUAAAUGUCCCAUCUACCGAUGUGAAUGCAAGCCCAAAGAUCAAUGUGAUCCUUCUCCACCAGUAACUUUGAAGCCCGGCGAGAAAAUGGAGGAGAUAGUGGACGGCUGCUGUCCCAGCUAUAGGGUUGUGUGCCACCAGGACACUUGUCCAAAACCACCAGCCAUCUGUGAUGACCCAUACUACGAACUGAUUUCGGCUAAGCAACCCGGCGACUGUUGUUCCCUGUACAAGUGUGUGCCGCCCAAGGACAAGUGCCUCCAAAGACAUGACAACCAGGUGCAGGUCCAUCGGAUUGGAGACAAAUGGCAAUUGCCCGGAGAUCCUUGCGUCUCCUACGAAUGCGGGCUGACAGACUCGGGUGUGGUGGCCACCGUCACAACUGUGCUUACCUGCGAGAAGAAGUGUCCGCUGGGCUACAGCUACGAGCACACGGGCAGCACCAAGUGCUGCGGAACCUGUGUCCCAACAGGGUGCGUUCACGAUGGCAAGAUCUACAAACCGGAUGAGCAUUGGUAUAGCCAGGACAAGUGCAUAUUCUAUGACUGUGUGUCGUACAAGGGUCAACUAAUGAUUCGUGAGCAGCAUGAAACCUGUCCGGAUGUCAGCCAGUGUCCGGCGGAGCAUCUUCAGGAAGAUGGUGGCUGCUGCAAACGAUGCACGAUCUCACCACCGCCAGCAGACAAAAUCGACUGCCAAGCGGUAACGGUGGCGCCAAAUCUUACGCGAAGUAUGAUCAUGUUCGAGGACAAGCACCACGGAGCCUGCCACAACGAGCAGCCGAUCGAGGGAUUGACCCAGUGCGAGGGCGCCUGCAACUCGGCCUUCAAGUACAAUCCGCUGCUUAACAAGUUCCAGGAAAGCUGCACUUGCUGUGGCGCAACCGGUUUGAGGAAAAUUAUUGUAAAGAUUAUUUGUGACGAUGGCAGCCAUCUGGAUCAUGAGUUUGAGGUGCCCACCAUCUGCAAGUGUGAGCCCUGUGACCGCCAUCACUUGGGCCAAACGAACUCAGCCCAAGGAGGGGAUCAGUCUGAGACCAAAGGCAACCCAAAGGACAAAAAAAUAAUUGAAGAAGAGUAUGAUGAUGAAUUUAAUCUUCAGGACUUGCUUGAUAAAAAUGGAGGAGUUAUCACGCGGUAGCUUAAAAAUUAUAGAACUUGGAAUGCCACAGAAAUCACUAUUUUAUAAAUACUAAUUUAAAAACUGCCAAAAAGUAAUCAGUAAGA